AUGGCUCUCAAGCAUAAGCAACAAGCCAGCAGCUCUUGUAAAACUUCAUCUGGUUUCAAUUUGCAUCCUUCUACCUUGGAGUCUAAGCAAAUGGAAACCUCUAGAAAAUCAAGCUUGACACUAGCAGUUAACUCUACUCUGCAGGAAUUGCUCAGAGGUUCAGCUGGAUCUUCAACUGCCUAUAGAAAGGCCAAUAGCAAGGCCAACCAAGGUUUAAAGUCUGCUUCUCAAUCACACAGCAGGUCUAAGGCCCAGAUGGUCCCCAAAUCAAAGUCAGCUCGUCCUCUUGACUUCCAGUUUAUAGCUGGUGAAAUCAUUUUCAUUCCUUGUGGGACAAAACAGCCUAAGAAGACCUCGCAUUCAUACAUCCCCCUUCUGACACCUGUUCUUUGCAAUCCUCAAAUGCCAACUCUGGUGGAAGUCCAGACUCUUGAAGUCAUGAGACUAGUGAUCACAGAUCAUAUUGAUGAUUACAAGGAGCACCAAGAUGAGAUCUUUCAAUAUCUGCCCCAAUACUAUCUUUGUGUCAAGGAGAAGCAAAGAAUCAUAAUCCCUCCUGGUAUCCAAUUCCCUGAUGGAUCAUUGGUGGCACGAAAUGCAAGGACAAAUAAGAGAGGUGGAUUUCGAGAAAAUGUGGUCAUUCUAGCCACUCGCCAGAGCAUCCCAACAUCAGUGUUACAAGGAUGGGUGAAAUCAAAAGGGAAGGAUAAGAUGCCCUCUCUCCCAUCUAGAUCGGCAUCUCAUUGUUACAGUGCCCCACUCUUUUUCCCAUCAUCACUGUGGACUCCUAUAUGGCUGUACUUCUAA